AUGGCGGACGCGAUUGAAAAUGAGUCAGCAGAGACAUUAUUGUCUAUCAAGAAUGGAGGCUAUCCGUCUCUCGAUGAAAUCAAGGUAGAAGUUCUGGACGAUGAUGGGAUGGACGUAGAUGAUCAUCAUAUUUCUAACAACUCAAUGGAUUCUCAUAUGGAUACCGAAGACUCAGAGCCCAUGCCUGAAUUAGGGCCAGCAGCUUUGGGUCUUCAAAGAGUUGGUGCACAACCACCACCUAAGCCAAAUCCUCCCAAACAACCAGUACAAGUUUUGAAUCGCAGAGGAAUGCCCGCUAGGAUUAGAAAAAAGAAUAAAUUAUUUUAUGAUGAUAUAUUAGUCAAUCAUCCUCACCACAGAAUAAAAAAGGAUCCUUUAAAUCCUGACAUAAAACAGUCACCCAAGAAGGUUCCUAAACCAUCACCUGUCAAGAAACAAAACAAGCUAAUACAUGAAACAAAAAAGAGUAGUGGGACGAUGUCUCAACCGGUUACCCCCAUAACUACCCCAAUCAAAGAGGAAAAAGAACCAGAAAAACCAUCACAACCAUCAUCACCAGAUCGCAAGAUUGGUCAAAAAAUUGGCAUGAGACUGAGAAAUUUACUAAAACUGCCCAAAGCGCACAAAUGGGUGUGUUAUGAGUGGUUUUAUAGUAACAUUGACAAGACGUUGUUUGAUGGGGAUAAUGAUUUUAUGAUCUGUCUUAAAGAAUCGUUUCCUCAAUUAAAAACGCGUAAAUUGACACGAGUGGAGUGGUGUAAAAUACGAAGAAUGAUGGGAAAACCAAGACGAUGCUCGCAAUCUUUUUUUGAAGAAGAGAGGCGAGAACUAGAGAGAAAAAGACAAAAGAUACGUAUGCUUCAGCAAAGAAAAACGGCAGAUAUAAGUAGUUUUAAAGAUUUGCCAGCCGAGAUUCCUCUUCAGCUUGUCAUUGGAACGAAGGUUACCGCCAGACUCAGAAAACCGCAGGACGGACUUUUUACGGGUAGCAUAGAUGCCGUGGACACAAGCAAUAAUACAUACAGAAUCACAUUCGAGCGGGCAGGCCUCGGGACGCACAGUGUUCCCGAUUAUGAAGUAUUGUCUAACGAACCACCAGAAACUAUUAGUGUGGCGUCAUUCGCUCAAAAAUUCCGACCACGCCACGUGCAAUAUGUGCCUUCGCCACCAUAUGCAUUAAAAUUAAUGUCACCCCGAUUAAAUAAUGAUCCUUUGAUAUCAAAUGCAUCGUUACCGAAAAAAUCGCACAUCGGUGGAACGAUGAACGGCUACCCUCUGAAGCUUCUGGAGUUUAUGGUCAAAGUGAAUAAAAUGUUGGCAGCUAAAAAAAUAAAAAUUAAGAAACUCAAAGAGAUGAAUAGUGAAGCAGAAAAGAUACGGUCCUUUGGUGAACCACUGCCGCCAGAUUUUGAAAUGAAAUACGCGGGGACUGUAGUAGAGUUAGAUAAAAUGAACGUAGCACUUCAAGACUUCCUCGAUGACGUUCAGGAACUCUGCCACGAAAUGGCGCCAGAAUCGAGUGUGGCAGCUAUGCUAGUCCCAUCUCAUCUUCGUGAGAAGUGUCGUCAGGAAGCUGCUGACAUGGUAGCUCGAAAUAAUAUGGUAAAUGAUAAAGGUCCUGGGAAAAUGAAUCAACUUGUUACAGAUCUCACUGCUCUUAUGUUACAAGUAAAGAGUCUUUCCGAUUCUGACAAAAAUGCCUACGAACUAAAGGUGUUACAAGGAACCAUGGAACAAAUAAGGUCAAAAUUAAGUCCACAGAAUCAGCAAGUUUUUCAAAACUGCGUGGAAAUUCAUAUGCAACAUAUUCAAUUGGGUCUUGGACAGAUUGGAGCACUGACACCAUUUAUGGCACAAAAGGCUUAGCGAUGAUGCAUUGGUGAUAAAUCUGCAGAUCUUCAUCGUUAACAAGAACUUUAAGAACGACAUUGAUUUUUUGUUUUUCUAAUAUGAGAAACAAAUUUUUUAAUGCUCGUUCGCCUGUAUAGAGAUAUAUAUGUAUAUUAUUAUACUCGUCGUUCAUAAGGCUCAUUCGUAUAAGCCUAUAGGGUACAUUCUAAAAUUGAUUACCAAUGUUAGGAGUGUGAUUGUCUAUUUACAAAUGCAUACAAAUAAAUAUGGACAUGAUGCUUACUGUGUAUUGGUAGUCAAUUUUGGAACGUAACCGUAAUUCAAUUGCCGUGAUUUAUUAUGAUCACUUGUACAUAUAACGAAAUCUCGUCAAUGAUUCGUUAAUUAUUCGCGGAUUAUUUUUAUGACUGCGGUAGAAUCGAGGCAAACAAUAAUAUUAAUAGAAUUUUCUCUCCCACGCGAAUCAUUCCUCCGUGGUAUUUUGCUAUCUUUAUUCGUAACGAAACUCACGAGUGACGUGUUCGGUGCAUGAAAUGCAACAUGACGUACUAAUCCUCUAGUUGAUUAACGUCGAAGUAACGAUAAACUUAAAAGUUUAUUUGAAAAAUAUGUGCAUGAAUGAAGCCUAGAUGCAGGCAAAAAUUCUAAUAUAAACUAGUCGCACGACAUGAUUGCGUUUGUGCCGGUUAGUGUGUUUAUUGAUUAGAAUGCCGUUGAAUGAGCAUAAUUGAAUUAUAACAGUUGAAUCGAAUUUUUGAAGAAUAAGAGGAAUGGGUGCAAGCAGUGAACUGUGAGAAUUUUGUAACAUGAAUAGUAAGUUGAGAUUUCGACAUAGGAUAUAUUAGGCAGAUAAAAGAUAUUUCAUUACUAUUGUAUAUUCCUACUGUAUAAUUCAAAGUUUAAUAUUUUAUUGAAGUUUAGACAUUGACGUGAAUGUCAUAACAAAUAUAUUGCUGUGUGUAAGAAAUGAA